GCGUCGUCGUGUCCCCGGCCAACCCGGCCCUCACCGCCGGCGAGGUCGCGCGCCUCGUCGCCCUGUCCGGCGCGUCCGUCGCCUUCGCCGUCUCCUCCACCGCCGCCAAGCUCCCCGCCGGCCUCCCCACCAUCCUCCUCGACUCCCCGCACUUCCGCUCCCUCCUGCACAGCGACCAAGCCGGGGUGAACGAGUCGGCGCCGCUUGACACCGGAGCAGUGUGCCAGUCAGCGACAGCGACGAUCCAGUACUCCUCCGGCACGACAGGGCGGGUGAAGGCGGCGGCGCUGCCGCAUCGGAGCUUCAUCGCGCAGGCGGCGGGGUUCCAUGCCCGGCACGUGAGGCCGCGGAAGGUCCACGAGAGGACUCUGAUGGGCGCUCCCAUGUUCCACUCCAUGGGUUUCUUCUUCGCGCUGAACGGGCUGGCGCAGGGGCUUACCACCGUCGUGAUGACGGACGCGGCCACGCGGGCGGGGUUAAGGGGGAUGCUGGAGGCGGCGCAGCGGUGGGAGGUCACGGAGAUGACGGCGGCGCCUCCCGUGGUGCUGGGGAUGACGAAGGACCGGUGCCGGCUGACGAGUCUGGCGCGGGUGGUCUGCGGCGGCGCCCCUCUGCCGACGUCGGUGGCGGAGCAGUUCCGCCGGCGGUUCCCUCACGUGGAUCUGUGCAUGGGUUAUGGCUCGACGGAGGCUGGAGGCAUAUCCUUGAUGAUCGACCGGGACGAGUGCUCCCGCGUGGGCUCCGCUGGCCGCAUCUCCCACAACGUCGAGGUGAAGAUCGUCGACAUCAUCACCGGCGAGCCCUUGCCGGUCGGGCGGAAAGGGGAGCUGUGCGUGAGAGGUCCUUCAAUCAUGACAGGUUACGUCGGCGACGACGAGGCGAACGCGGCCGCGUUCGAUUCGGAAGGCUGGCUCAAGACCGGCGACCUUUGCUACAUUGAUGAGGAUGGGUUUCUGUUCGUGGUGGAUCGGCUCAAGGAGCUCAUCAAGUACAAGGCCUAUCAGGUCGCGCCUGCAGAGCUGGAGCUUGUCCUGCAAUCGUCGCCGGAAAUUAUGGAUGCUGCAGUUAUGCCGUAUCCUCACGAAGAGGCGGGAGAGAUACCCAUGGCGCUCGUGGUGCGGCAGCCCGGGAGCAAGGUCACGGAGGCGCAGGUCAUGGAGCACGUGGCGAAGCAGGUGGCGCCGUACAAGAAGGUCCGCAAGGUGGUGUUCGUCGACUCCAUCCCCAAAUCGCCGGCCGGGAAGAUCUUGAGGAGGCAGUUGUCAGACCAUAUGCAGCCUUGCCAUGUGUCCAGACUGUGAUGAACCUUGUGACCGUCGGUGAGAUCCUCUUCUGUGUGCGCUGCCAUGGGCAGAAACAAGACUUUCAAUGUCGUCAGGCGUGCAUGGUCCUAAACCGAUGUGUACAAAUAAAAUGGAUGGUAAAUGACGCCCCAUCCCAUUGUAUAUGUAAGUAGUAGCAGAUCGCAACCGUGGACUGCUCAAAGCAAGUGUUCAAACCAUGUAGUGCCGUCUUGGAAAAUGUCGUAAAGUAUUUUAUUUUUGAGGAAAUUGGAUAAAUACACA